UUCAGGGUCUGUUGACUUUUGAGGAGGUGGCCGUGUGUUUCGUGAAGGAGGAGUGGGCUCUGCUGGAUCUGGACCAGAGGACUCUGCAUUGGGAGGUCAUGGAGGAGAAUCGCCAGAACCUGGCCUCUCUAGGUGAUGAGCAAGACAAUGAGAACUGCAAGGGGUCCCCUGUGGUGCCAUCGGAACCAACUGAGCAGGAGUCUGAAAAAGAGCCGUUUGGUUUCCUGUGUGCUGCGUUGGUCAAAUUGAAGAACAGGGUGAAGAAAUCUGCUCCUUCUCCAGAUCCCAACCCAAAGGCACCCCUGAUCCUACAAGAUCAUCCUAAGCGGAAGGAAAAAGGAAAAUGUGUGAUGUCUGUGAAAACAUUCAGGGACGAUUUGAAUGGGCAUCAUCAAACCCACCAAGGGGAGAAACCACAAAACUGCACAGGUUGCGGAAAAAGUUUCAGUCACAAUGGCGAUCUUGGCGCACAUCAGAGAACCCACACCAGUGAAAGAUCCUAUAAGUGCCUGGUAUGUGGGAAAGGCUUCAGCCAGAGCUGCAACCUUACAUCACACCAGAGAACCCACACGGGGGAGAAACGAUACAGGUGCGUAGAGUGUGGGAAAAGCUUCAGUCGCAGCAAUACCCUCAUUUCACAUCAGAGAACCCACACGGGGGAGAAACCCUACAAGUGCCUGGUGUGCGGGAAAAGCUUCAGCCAGAGCUGCAACCUCACGUCGCAUCGCAGGACCCACACAGGGGAGAAGCCGUACAGAUGCGUCGAGUGCGGGAAAAGCUUUAGUCGUAGCACAACCCUCAUUUCGCACCAAACAACCCAUACAGGAGAGAAGCCGUACAAGUGCAUGGAGUGCGGGAAGAGUUUCGGCAGUAGCGAAAGGCUCAAUAGACACCAGAGGGCUCACACGUUAAAGAAACGUGAACUGUGGAGGGUGGAAAGAGCUUCAGUUGGAGAGUGCAUCCUAUUGGACAUCAGAGAAUCCACGCAGCAGAGAAAGGAUUUAAAUGCAUGGAUAUGUUACUAA